AUGUCAAGAAAUUCUUCAGUUUAUUUCAUAUUAUGGAUACUACUUCAAGUAGUUAAAGUAAAUUGUCAAAUGACGCCUUUUAAGCCAUUUGUACAUCAUCGUCAUACUGCUACGCUCAUUGAUGAUAAAUUGUAUAUUUUGGGUGGUUCCGAUUUAAACGAAAAACUAUUAAAAGAGUUUUUUUAUCUUGAUGUUUCUGUUCCAUUCAAUACCCAAGAAUUAUCAUGGCAAGACUUAUCAAAUAUUAAUAUGGUUCCGCCACAUGAUUCUGCAACAACAACUAAAGGUGGAGCAAACAAUAAUACACUAUUUUUAUACGGUGGAUUUUCGAAUGAUCCAAAAAUGCCAUUGGUUUACACAUUUGACCCACAACACAUUGCAUGGAAUCCUCCAAAAAUAACUGGAAUUAACACGGUCAUAAAAUAUGAAUUAACAGGAGUUAUGAAUUAUAAUAAUGGAAAAUUUUAUUUAUGGAGCGGAAAUAUUGAUGUGGGUAUUUCAAACAAUAUGCUUAUUUUAGACACAAUAAAUCUUAACUGGGAAAUGGGAAGUAUAGUUAAUGCUCCAAGUUCAAGAUGUAAUUAUGGUGCUGCCUUAUUACCCAAUAAUAAGAUUAUUUACAUAGGCGGUAUGAACGAUGAUACUAUUAAGUUUGAUAGGAAAACUUUGAAUAUUAUUCAAGGUGCCGCUUUAACAUUAAAUGAGGUUUAUAUAUAUGAUAUGAUCAAUGACAGUUGGGAUACAAAAAUAACAUCAGGAAAAAUACCUUCUAAUAGAGGUGGCUUUUCCGCCAUUCUUGGUUUGGAUGGUCAGAGAAUUAUAAUUUAUGGAGGAAUUUUUAAUAAUCCCGGAUAUUUAGAUACUUCACUUUAUGUAUUAGAUUUAAAUGAUUUUAAUUGGUAUGUUCCAAAAAUAUCUGGAAAAAUUCCAAAGCCUAGAGCUUAUCAUAAAGCAAACGUGAUCGGAAAAUAUAUGGUUAUAUCAUUUGGAUAUGAAUAUGAUAAAACAGUUGAAAGUGAUAUAUUAUUGCUUGAUAUCAGUAAUAAUGAAGAAUAUAUAUGGACAUCAAUGUUUGAUCCAAAAAUGCCAUCCCCACCGCCAUCAUCACCACCACCAUCAUCACCACCAUCGACACCACCAUCAACACUUUCACCACCACCUUCACCUUCACCUUCACCUUCACCUUCACCAUUACCAUUACCAUCAAAUAAUCUAAGCAAUACAACUGGUGCAGUUUUGGGAACUUUAUUAGGUGGUAUUUUAUUAUCAGUUGGAAGUUUCUUGAUAUACAAAUGGAAUAAAAAUAAACGAGAACAAAGUACUAUACAUGGAAAUGAAAAUUACAAUGAUUAUGGUCAAGAAGAAAAGGAGCUUCCUAUCAUAAGGGAUAUUCAUAAUUAUGAACAAGUGAUCAAUAAUAAUAAUGGGCAAGAAAUUAUUCAAAUACCUAGAAAUGAAAAUACAACCACAAUAAUUCCAGCUAAUGAUCAUCAUGGGCAAGAAAUUAUUCUAACGCCCGAAAAUGAAAAUACAACCAAUCAUGAACCAACAAUAAUUCCAGCUAAUGAUCAUCAUGAAAAUACAACCAAUCAUGAACCAACAAUAAUUCCAGCUAAUGACCAUGGGCAAGCAAUUAUGCAAACACCCGAAAAUGAAAAUAAUGUAAAUAUAACUAAUCAUGAACCAACAAUUUCAGCUCCAGCAGUAGUUAGUAAUUAUAAUGAUGAAAGGUUAUCAUUACAAGCUUUUAAAGAUGAAAUGCUUCAAGCUGUCAAACAAGAAAUUAAUCAAAAUUUGAGAAAUGAGAUUCUUAAAGUUGUUAGGCAGGAGAGUUAUAAUAAUAUAAAAAAUAAUACAAGACAAGAUUAA